AUGGCAGGAAACAACCUUACUGGUAGCAUCCCACCUGAGAUAGGAAACGCAACCCAAAUUCAUGUGCUCGACCUUUCUUCAAAUCAUUUAGUUGGGUUGAUCCCAAAAGAAUUCGAGAAGUUGUCUUCAUUGGUGAGGCUGAUAUUGAAUGGAAAUCAACUUUCGGGUCGUAUACCGUCAGAAUUUGGAUCAUUAAGUGAUCUUGAAUAUCUUGACUUGUCAACCAACAAAUUCAAUGAGUCAAUUCCAAGCGUUAUAGGUGACUUGUUCAGAUUGCACUACUUAAAUUUGAGCAACAACAAGUUGGCUCAAACAAUUCCAUUUAAGUUAGGGAAGUUAUUUCAAUUGAAUGACCUGGAUUUAAGUCAUAACUCACUUGAAGGUAGGAUACCAUCAGAAAUGGGUAGUAUGCAGAGUUUGGUGAAACUUGAUCUUUCCCACAACAAUCUUUCGGGUUCCAUACCAUCAAGUUUUGAAGAGAUGCGCGGCUUGUUGUACGUUGACAUAUCUUACAAUCACUUGGAAGGUCCCCUUCCCAACAUCAGUGCAUUUCGAGAAGCUUUGCCAGAAGGAUUAAAAGGGAACAAAGGAUUGUGUGGCAUAGUUAGAGGUUUGCCACCCUGCAAUGCACAUGGCUCAAAAAAGGACCACAAGUUCCUAUUCUCACUUCUAGCAGUAAUUGUUUUUCUAUCUGCUUUCUUUACUAUUGCCUUUGUAAUAGUGCAAAGGAAGAAGAAGCAUCAGGAUAAAGCACAAAAAAACAUGCAUGAAGAAAUAUCCUUUUCAGUUUUAAAUUUUGAUGGAAAGUCAAUGUAUGAGGAAAUCAUAAGGGCAACAGAAGAUUUUGAUCCCACAUAUUGCAUUGGGAAGGGAGGACAUGGAAGCGUCUACAUAGCAAGUUUGCCAUCUGCCAAUGUAGUGGCUGUGAAGAAACUUCAUAUGCUGCAAAAUGACGAGAAGAAUCUUCAAAAGGAGUUCUUAAAUGAA